AAACUCAUAAUUACAAAUAUAAGGCGUGAAGCUGUCAACAAUGUGACCACAAGUGUACAAUGAAAAUUGUACCCAUUAAAGCGACCCUCAGGAUCUCAAUUGGAUCAGUAGAAAUACCGUUAUGAAUCCUCGUGUGCAUAUAAGCCAUGUGUAACUAUUAUCAGCACUAGUUGACUGCAGUGUUGGCUAUUGUGAUGUUUCCAUUUACCCUUUUACUAUGGCUUCUAUCUGUGGGAAUGUCGAUAUCUGCACCAUCGGACGAAUUCCGUGGAAUGGUGAACGAAGGAGAGCUGUCUGUGGAUGUUGAUGGGCCCCUAAUGGGCAUUGUUCCUGGUUACGCAGCUCAAGGAGAGAGACAGCCACAUAGGACAGGGAAUAUAUUUUAUGAGCUUCUAGAGUACAAUGACGAUUACAAAAUCUUUAAGAAUUUAGUGAAGAAAGGUAUCACAAUGAAAGGUCUUACGUUUAACAUCUACGAUGAGAAUAUGCAAGAAGCAGCUAGCCAUCUAUUUGAGCUACUCCACGGUGCAGAAGAUGCAGGAUACAAUGCUGAGAAAUUAUUCAAUUUUGAUGAAUUAAAUGAGGACUUAGUUGCAUAUGCUACACAAUUAAACAUGAUAUACAGGGACAAACAUGUUGAUACGUCAGCAUUCGCACCACCUUUUAUCACAAAACCCAACUUUUUUGUCAACGGCGAAACAAUAUUAAAAGCUAUGAAGAUUAGCAACUACCUAUAUAACAAUAUAGAUAUUACAGAGGAAGCGUAUGUAGAUCAGUAUUUCAAAAAUUAUGAUACAGUCACGAUUAACAGUAAUUACUCCGGUUGGAAUUUGCCUGAGAAUGGAGGUGAAGAGCUGCUAAAUUACUUUAGAGAAGAUAUUUCAUUAAACAGCUACUAUUACGGAGUACAUCUAAGACAUCCGUAUUGGAUGUUCCGUCAUAGACUGUAUGCACUUAAUUCUAGAAAUGAUGAGCAUUACUAUUAUAUUCAUCAACAACUUGCCGCUCGUCUUUAUCUUGAAAAAGAGCAUUUGCGUCAAGAAAAUAAUUCAAAGAAAAAUGACUUUGGUGAUUUCAAGCCCUACCUCAUUCAUGAAAAUGGUCUGCCCUUUCCUAGCAGAUCUGGAACAAUUGGUGACUGGAGUGAAGAUAGAGCUAAAAUUAAGGCCAUUGAUAUUGCAAUAAGAGAAUGUAUGUCUAGGGGAAUUAUCAUGAUGGAAAAUAAGUCUCCAAUAAGGCUGUCAGAAGACAAUUACAUCAAACUAUUGACAAGACUGUUCCGAGGUAACUUUGAAGUGGGAAGAAUUUCCAAAAUCGUGCGUUCAUUAUUUGGAUACGGAGGGAACGGAUAUCCUAUUGAUGAGUAUAACCCUGCGCCAUCUCUUUUACAUCAUCCUCAAACAGCAUUGAGAGAUCCCAUCUACUGGUACAUGAUUCAAUUUGUUCUCAACUACUUCACCGAGUACAAAGAGUCCAUCGAACCUGUUAAUCUACAAAAACAUUCACUAAAACGCUGUGAAAUCAUCGAUGCGGAAAUUCCAAAAAUAACCACUUAUUUUGACUAUUAUCAGUUUAAUAUAAACAAAGCUAUAAUCAAAAAGAGUUCCCCACAUUCCAAAAUACCGCUGACGAUAACCGCACGUCAAAAAAGAUUAAAACAUUCCAAAUUUGAAUUGAACUUCACAGUUGAUUGUGAAGGAAUUAAAAAUACUAUCGUCAGGUUGUUCCUCGGACCUCCAUGCACUGACAGUUGUUGGGAAGAAUACUCACACUUCUUUGAACUUGACAAAUUCGCAUAUUCCUUCGAAGAAGGAUUAAACACCAUAACAUGGUCACCUGAGAUCUCAAAUAAAUUCUCCAAUGAUGAGUUCUAUAAUAUGGAAGGGUCGUCGUUACUAAAAGAUAGGAUUAAUAACUACAAUAUGUUUAAGUUCCCAGAGAACUUAAUAAUACCGAGAGGCUUAGAAAAAGGUCUGAACCUUACUCUAUUUAUUAUGAUAACGUCAGCUGAUGAAUAUUUGGAUGAGUUCUAUUCAGCCAACAAGUUCUUCGCAGAUUUAAUGAACGAUAUAGAUAACAAGCCUCUAGGGUUUCCUUUUGACAGGCCAGCAGUAGACUACUAUGAUGAUGCUCCAAAUUAUAAGUUUUACAACAUUACCAUUUAUCAUAAGAAAAACAAUGUAGAAAAGAAUGGUUUCUUCUCUCCUCACUUGCAUUGAAUUGCAUGUUUUGUUUAAUGUGAAUUUUGGGUCUUUUUAUGUAAGCAAAUGUGAUCUGUUUGACAAUAAUAUAGUUAUUAAGAUUAAUGUUUCUGGACACUGUCUUUUUUAAUGUUGUUAUAUUACAUUAAACGUUUUAAAU